GUCGCAUGCUUCACCAGCUUUCCGCACACUCUACCGCCUUCGACACUUUCUUUUCGUUGCGCAAUGUCUUUACCCAUAAAAUCAUGCUAGCAGUUCAAUCCAUAUGCUCCGAUUCGCACAUGGGAGACUUGGGAGGCGGCGCCCGAAAGUAGGGGCCGCCUUGAACUUGCUUCCAAUUGUUCGAUAUUAUAGCCAUAAUCAACCGCUUAAUAGAACGCCCGCAACGCGGCCAGGUCACAGGCCGAACGGGACGUCAUGGAACAACCCGCGAACAGAUCCGUCCCAGCUAGGUCACGCGAAGCGACAGCAAUACUCAACGGCCCACGAGCCGUUGACAGACUCAUAUAACAUUACAUCACGAUAUAAAAUAACGAAUGAUAACCCAGAUGCGGCAUGGGACCAACCAGAGGGGUUAUCACCUUUCGAACUCAGCCAAGAUCCUUCGCUAGGCGUCGAUACUGUAGCGCAACACGAUAUACACAAGCAAAAAAGGCCGACAAGGCGAUACAAAACAAGACGGAAGAAUUUAUCAGAAUACAGAGCCAAUGGAAUGAGAGCAUUGGAGCUUGCGCUCGGAACAACCGGAGCCGAGCUUAGAGAUCGACUGGCGCAAUCAAAAGAUCGACGACUGCCAAUGGUCCUCCUGAGACUCUUGUUUAAAGAACAAAUAAGCAAAAAGGAAGACGGGCAAAAUCCAGCAGAUUCUAGCCAAGAGGCUAGAUGGGAGGAACGCAGUCUCGAAAAACUCAAAGAAAUUGGUUUCACAACUGCCGACAUUGGCUUCUACAUUCGCAUAUUGCAGGGCCCGACUGAUGAGGAGCGCUGCCGAAUAAUGCUUUCCGAAGACGCUUGCGUUCCUGCUUUUCUAUUCAUGUUUUUGAUCCGCCGAGAAGCCGAGCUGCAUGAUGCGACUCUUAUAAGCCAGCUACUCGACUAUUGCCAACAGCAUUACUGUGCCGAUGGUGUGCAUACCCAAACCAAUGCCAUAGUGACAGACGACCCGAAUUCGAGCGCAGCCCUGAGCCGACUGAUACCAAACGAAUUUGAAGAUACAAUAUCACUCUUCUCAAGUCAUUGUCAGCGCACGGAUGCUAGACUAAGCUUGAAGGUGGCGGACCUGCUAUCCGACUACAUACAACAUUUCGUUGACGACGAGCAUGCUGAGAAGGGCUACCACACACAAUGCCGUCUUUUCAACUCAGGUCUUACUUGCCUCAGGCCACAGUCUAACAAAAAGAGUGUGCGCCGAGCAUCACCGAAUGCUUACUUCUGGGAGGCCCAACGAAGACUUCUCUCCAUGUCAGCUAGUCUUUCUCGGCCGCUGCUUGUCAACGGAAGCGGAUUUCGGGCAAUUCGCGAGGUCCUAGCCGGUCUGCCAAAGAACCACAAUGAAGUCCGUAGCUCAAUACGUCAUGCUCCUACUUGGCCACCAUACUUACGGCCAGGAGACGGCAUGGAUGAAAAUACGUAUCUUGAGGACAACUGGAGCAGAGCUGUCGGAGCUGGCAUGCUGAUGCAGGAAGCUGGGUAUAGUAAGACGGAACACGACGAAGCGUUAGACACAUUGCAAGGGAUGGCGCCAGAUGGCACACCGACAAUUCAACAACGUAUUACGGUAGAGAAUGGACGUCAACUCGGACUUUGGGAGGCAUCCAUCAAGGCCACUCGAAACUCCCAGGAGGCCUGGGAUAGAUUUCAGCACCCGCCAAGAGAAGGGAUGGAACCCGGCGCGAACGAGUACGCAGCCAUGUUUGAGAAACUAAGCUUGCGUGACAAGCCGGAAAAUAGUAAGGCACUAGCUGGAGACAAAGCAUACAACUUUCCAACUGCAGGCCGACUGAACUUGGCCGAGUUUGAACGAGCUCGUCUUCUACCUCCGAGCGUGGAUGAGCUGUACAAGCAGAUGCGAAUGAAUCAUGUGCGACCAAACAGCCGCUGCCUCAAUAUUCUUGUUGCACACGCACCGUCUCUAGAAAUGGCAAACAAGUACCUUUACGACAACGCCAAGGGGUCACCUGUCAUACUCAACUUGAUCACAAAGCAGCCCGAGCCGGAGCCGCUUAAGAAGACGCCGUUUGGUUUAUUUGCAGCCUACAUCAACGUGCUAACUCAAGAAUCUCAAAAGGCAGGGAUUCAAAUCCGUCGAGCCAUCUACAUGACAGAGGCACGACUUAAAGGCGAGAAGUCUCGCUGGACGCCACACAUCUGGGGCAUCAUUCUGAAGAACCUCUCGCAGCAUCACUCUGCGAUGCGGUUUUCUGUCACGGAGCAGCUCAAAUUGCUACUUGUAGUUGCCGAUCGCAUUGAGGAAUGCCACCACAUGAAUGUUUCUACGUUUGGACAAUUUAAUAAGUGCAUAAAGAAAGUUAUGCGCCGGCAGUUGACGACAUGGUGGCGCAACCCUGCUUUGAAGAACAGGCCAUUGACAACGCUCUUCGUCCAGGACGCACAGGCCGAUGAAACCGAUAGAGGUGCAUCGCAUGACGAAUCGGCGCUUGCGGACAACGACAAAGUAACCGCCAUGGUGGCGCGGGCUGCUCGGCGAAUUAAAAUGGAUUUUAGCAAGCUGCGCAUGAAGGAAUCGCGCCACCAGCAGCACGUUGAAACAAGCAGCAUCUCGGUACUCGAAAGCACGCUGUGCAGGCUCGACCCUAUCACGGGCGAACAGGUCCACGACUACCUACUGGCGCUUGCGUACCUAGGCGAGCAUGACGAAAUGCACCGCGUGCUCUCGCUCAUGGCCGACGAGUGGAGCGAGCCAGAGCUGCUUGAGCAUCUAGAGUCGCUGGACGAGCAGCCUCCCGAGGCCGACUUCUUCGAGGCCCUGUGCGUGUACAGACUGUACGCCGAGCCGGCACUCGGCGGCAGCGGACUCCGCCAGGUGAUUGCAGAAAGGGGCCUCAGUUGGUCCUGGCCUGACGACGAGGACUUGGCAAUGUACGUGGACAUGAAGCAUGACGAAACGCUUGCCACAUUGCGGGAGAUUGUCGAGUGGGCAAGAGACCAGUGUACGAUUAUGGUGUAGAUUGUGUAUAUAUAUUUGGAUACCCGUGUGGCAUGUAUAUUAUAAUAUUUUGAACGCAAUUGAUCGACAUAUCGCCCUGUUUGUGAAGGUUGU